ACGCUACGAAACACAUACCAGUUAUUCCCGCGCCACCGGUCCUUUAAGUAGGCGCAUGCAGCAACCCUUCGGUCCGGUGCUCGUCAAGCUCAAGACCACGUCUCUACGGGAGUGGGGCGACCUCACCGUGCAAGCCAUUGUCAUCCUACUCGGCAUUGGCAUUCUCUUCCUCGUCUCGGUCGACGCGACCGUCAACAACUGGGCCGUCAACGACUUUAUUGGGAACGGGCACAUGUUUGUGGCGCCGCUCGGCCGCGUCGACAAUGCGCGGCAGCUCGAGCACGAAUACAGCUUUGCGCUCAACCAUAGCAUCUCGGACCUCUCGCGCGUCGCGAACUGGAUGCUCAACUUCACCGUGACGAGCAUUGUGUCACGGAGCCCGGAAAUGUACUUGCUGUCGGUCGGCACGUACACGCUGACGUCUGGUGCUGUCGACGUCUGCGGCCUCAUGAAAGGCGUGUAUCCGCUUGAUCUGAGUGUCACGCGCACCGCUCGGCUCGGUUUUGCGUCCAACUCGAUCAUGUUCAUCCGCGGCGAUGCACUCAGCCACGUGUUCACGACGGACCGCACCGAGAACCUGGCCAACACCAGCAUGAAGUCACCGGCGCUGACGAGCCUUGGGUACGCCCCCGCGCGCACCAACGUCGACGUUCGCUUGAUGGAAGACUUUGUCAUGGCCAACACGUCGGCGGCGCAGACCCACACGGUUCGUUUUUAUCGCGUGUUUCCCAAGAGCUUUUGCACCGGGUGCCAUACGGUGGCCGAGCUCGGGUUUGGGUCGUGCAACAUGACAUUUGUGUACAACGACACGGCCAAAGUGGUCAUCGUGACCAAAAGCACCAACAUCAUUGGGUCGAUCUACAAGGUCGGUUUGAACUUGCCGCAGUCAAUGUUUUCGUCGGCGUCCCAUUACGUGAAAUCGAUGGCGAUUGUGUUUGCUGUCAGUGGGUACUUUGCAAGCCGUCGGACAGUCCAGUGGAAAGAGUACGACGCGACCAAAGUCGACUCGAUAUUGGCUACACUCGUGCGCAUUUUGUCCCCCAAGGUGUUUCCGUACCCGAGUUUGGCGCUGCGCUUUGAUAUGUUUUGCUACAAUUCCGACAUCUUUGUCUUUCUCUUUGCGAUGGGCGUGAUUCUCGACAUGGAAAACAGCUUGUACUACCUCAAGACGAUGAACAUGUACAACGCGCCCGCCCCCGUGCUGCGCUACUCGAUCCAGCUCUACGGCUUCACGACGCGACUGCUCUGGUUCAACUGCGCGCUGCUCAAAUUGCUCAAGAUCUCUUGGAAUGUCAUUGGGACGGCCAGCUACAACGGCGAGAGUGCCGUCAUGGCGCUCUUCAACCUCCGCAACGUAACGUCGCUCUAUCUGAGUGCGAUCUUGCUCUUCUUCGUGCCGGCGUUCAUCGACUACAACAGCAGCGUCACCAUGACUCUCGACAACGCCAACGAGUGCCUCGACACUAUCCACGUCGAUGCAUUCGACAGCUACUACAUCCGCGCCGUGCCCGCGAUCGCGGUCGGCCUCGUCGUCAACGUGCUGUGCAUUGCGGGCCUCGACCAUUGUUUGCAUAUCAAAUACUGGCAGCGGAUGUGCAAAAACUCGCUUGCGCGCCAAGCCAUCUUCAACAGCAGCUCGAUCGUGUGCGACUACCUCGACGGCAUCGAGAUGGAAGGGACCGCCGCGGUGCUCCACUGCAAAGCGCGCCGCCUCAGCACGCUCCAGUGGUUCUUUAUGAGCCACAUGGUGUCGUUUGGACUGCCUGAGAAGGAACUGCGGGCCAAAAAAAAGUACUUGGUCGGCUCGGCCGCCACCAACAACCGCACGCACACCACCGUGCAGAGUACGGCACUCCCGACCGAGUCGAGUAGCAGCAUUGGACGCUACCUGGUGGUGCAGGACGGCGACCACCACAUGCACCUCGUCGACGAGAACCUCAGCGACGUGACUGCCCUUGUCUACAACAUCAAGGUGCUCAAAGACUUGCCAAUUACGAUCGAGUGA